GGUACCAAAAUAAUUUCGCCAACACGGGUUGGAACUACUAAAAUAAAGAUAGUAUGAGAGAGGGAGAGGGGGAGAGUGAGAGAGAGAGAGAGGUGAACGUCGGGGCGAAGUAAAAACCAAGAUCCGGAGAGAGAACCGAAAGACAACUCAAAUCAUUUGAAUGAGGAGCAGUCAUUGUCACCAAAAUUUAUUUCGUAGCGACAGAAAGAUAUCUGGUGUAUCAUUUCCCUGUAUAAUUAGAUUGUCUUAGUAGUUCCAUACUAAAUGGUAGUAUAUUAUAGUUACGGAUUUGUGAAUGUGAUCUUUGCGGAUAUUUGAUGGUCGAGUUGUGUGCACAACACAUAAGUUAUAGCUUGAGCAUGGGGAUACUAAACUUUUUUAAGGCCUGAAGGUAUACCUUUUUUAAGGGUAUUGGAACAAGAUGGAGAACAUGAAUUAUGCUGAGGAGCUUAUCAGGGAGUUUCUUGUCUUCAGAGGGUUUACAAACACUUUGCAAGCGUUUGAGACAGAGCUAGGCAGUGAUAUUGGCAAAGGAUUUCAAGUGGAUAAGAUAUUAGACUUAAUAUUUUCAGUAUAUGUUCCCAAAUUUCAGGCAGAAAAAUUAAUUGGCUUGCUGGGAUUUUUCAAGCAGUGCUUUUCUUCAUCCUCCGAGACAAUAUUUUUUGAUACAUUAUCAAAAUUGGAGGUUUCUAUUAUUCGCUACUAUAUUGUCCAUGCCAUACGAUUAGGAAGGAAAGACAAAGUUAUCGAGUUUUUUGGAAUAAGUGGUGGUGACUUGCUGCAAAGAGACCAGGAAUGGAAUUUGUGGUUUGCUGUCCCGUAUCUGAAAAACCCAAGCUUGGAUCCGCAGUUUCGUGUAUACUUUUCACAGGAGUGGUUUGAUGCCUUGCGUCUUUCGGUUAGGAAUUUUUUGAGCCAGAUGUUUAAUGGUACCCGCAUCCCUGCCCUGUUGAAGAUUAGUUCAGAGAGAAAUACCGUAAACCGUCUUAAAAGAGACAUUAAACAACUUAAUCUUAAAUUGGCACAACUUCAGGCUUUGUUGGAGGAGAAAGAGGGUCAGCUACAUUGGUCAAGGAGUAAUGCUUCAUUAGUGAUGGAAGUAAGCACUGGUGAAGCAAACAGUACAAGACAUACUUCAACCGGGAGUUUGUUAAGUGCUGUGCAUGAAGAAAGAAAUGUUGCGCCAAAUGUUUCCCGUGAAACUUCUGCCUUUGCAAGCCGACAUAUUGGUGAAACAGAGUUGGCUAAGGAUUGGUAUGUUGCUGAACCUGCUGAGGUAUCACAAGAAUCAGGCACACCUUAUUCUGCUCAUGGUUCGAAUUCUAAAAUGAAUCAUCAUAUUGGAGAUUGUGGAGCAACAAGUGCCCCUCAAAAUUUCUACGAUGGUAUUCAUAUUGGAGCUGGCAGUGAAAUGCAGGGGGAAGAAGAACUCCCAGAAGUGAAAGUAGAGUUUCAGGAGACAUUUUUAGGUCACACAAGUCCAAUCAGUUGCUGCCGCUUUUCUGCCUCUGGGAACAAUAUUGCAAGUGCUUCUGUGGAUGGCACGGUCAGGAUAUGGACAUAUGACUCGUCAAUCCCUUCAUCAAGAAAUGCGACCAUCUAUUCUGGGGCAGAGAUCAUGUCGCUUGAGUGGGAUUGUAAAUCUGAUCGUUUGCUUCUCAUAGGCACUGCUGAUGGAGGCAUUAAAGCAUGGAAUGUUGAUGCAAAAAGAGUUGUCUGUGAUCUCAACACAUCAGAAGCAUUUCCCAGUGUCUUGGAUCUAAAAUGCAGCCCCGUGGAACCAAUUUUUGUUUCUGCAGCAUCAUCCAGAGGGCAUGGGACAAGUUAUAUUGAUAAGUUGGGUUUUGCAUCAUUAACUGUCUGGAACAUGAAGACAUGGAAGGCUAUGGCAGUCCUUCCUCUUGGUAAAGAUCCACCUGCAAUUACUUCCUUAUGUUUCAAUCACAAUGGCAAGAUUUUAGCAGCUGCUGCCACUGAUGGAAUGAUUCACAUAUUUGAUAUGUCUGCCGGACUGCAAAUUACUGGGUGGCCAGCUCAUGAUUCUGCUAUUAGUUCUGUUCUUUUUGGGCCUGAUGAAACCAGCAUUUUUAGUUUGGAUAUCGAUGGAAAGAUAUUUGAAUGGAGCUUGCAAAACCAAGGUAAAGUUCUUUGGUCAAGAAAUUGCAGCAGGUUUUGCAACCGUGAUGAUUCAGUUUACUUUAGACAUGAAAUGACUUUAGAUGCUAAUGGGAAAAGACUCUUGGUAACAUCUGGUUCAGUAAGAGCUCCCAUAUAUCAAGUUCGAGGUCAUACAAAUGGAAUGAGAACUCUUCCUCAUAGUGCAGCUAUUACGACGGUAGAUUGGCACCCUACCUUGCCCAUUUUCUUGACUGGGUCAACAGAUCAUUCAGUUCGGGUCACAUCCAUAUUAUGAAGGUUUCUGUCUAAUUUUUCAUUUAGUUUUGAUUGGUUGGAGAGUUGGAGAUCAUCGGAUGGAGUUGCCCCAAGUAAUGAUUCAAUAGAGUUUUCUGUUGUGUUCUUUAUAGGCCAAUUAUGUUUUUGUUGAUGACCAUUGUGUUAUAAUAUAGUAAUGUUUUGGCCAUUUUAUUGACUGGGUCAGCCAAUCACUUAGUUAUGAUCACAUCGAUAUCACGAAGGUUUUUGCCUUCUAACAAUUCAUUUAUGUUUUGUUGGUUGGAGAUUGUAGUUUGCUCCAAGCAAUGAUUCAAUAGAAGAAGUCAUUACUUGUUUUCUUUAA